AUGAUUAAUAAGGCAUCAUCUUUUACUAUAAGAACAGUUCGAAUGUUUAAAAUGUUAUCCAAAAAUUAAAUUAGAUUUCAAUAUGGUAAAUUAGAACAUUUUUUUGCAAAUUAUGAGAUGAGCGAAUUUGAAUCUCCUAAUGUUAUUAUUGACAAAUUUUAAUUUUUGAUUGAUGACUUAUUUUAUUCCAAUAGUCUUCAAUUCAAUAACUCUUUGGCUUUUUAUUUGAAUGUUAAUGAUGUUGAAAUAAGAGAAUUAAUCAUGCUUUUAGAAAAAAUAUACUAAAAUAGUUAAUUUUUGUCAAAAACAAACAAAUUAACCUUAAUUUAAAUAAUUUAAACUAAUUUGCAUUCUUUUAAUGAAGAUAUAAUCUCUAUUAUAAAUUAAGCUUGUUUAUUGGGUAUUGUUAAUGAAUAGAUAAUGUAAUCCUUUAUUAAUUAAUUUAUUUUAAAUGGAAAUAUAUAAUAUGAUUUUACUAUUUAAGUAAAAUUAAUUUAUAUUUUUGGUUAAACUCUUUUAAAAUAUAAUUCAUUAAUAAAAAAUGAAGAAUUUAUAAAAAAAUGGUAAGAUUUAAUUAAAUAUGCAAUUUAAAAUCAUAAACCAGAGUAUAAAAUAUCUGGUUGUAUGUUUUCAUAAAUUUCAUUCUUGAUUAAAGGAUUAUGUUAGAUUGAAUAAGAAUAAGAAGCAACAUAUUUAGGAUAAAUUAUUAAAAUUUAUAAAAACUAUUAUAAAUAUUUGAUGUCUAACUUUUCAUAAAAUUUAGACUUUUAUAAUAUGACACCUAAAGAGACAACAAUUUUAAUAACUGCUUUAUUAAAGUUAAGGGAAUAGUUUUCAAAGCUUGAAAUAAUAAUAAUAAUAUAAAGUAUAUUAAAUAGAGUAAAAAAGAUUGGAAUUUCAUCAUAUAGUGAUAUAGCUUUGCAAUCUUUUGUAUUUAAUUUGACUUAUUUGGGAGAUUAUUAGAAAUUUAUGGUAGAAGAUAUUAUUUAAGUUCUUUAACAGAAAGCACAUUAAUAGACAUUUUCUCCAAAGAUUUUAAUAAUAAUACUUUUUGAAAUGCAUAUAAAAUGGAAUUAUGAUGUACCAAAAGAUCAUUUACUUAAUUUAAUCCCCUUAAUAAAUAUUAAAGAAAUACCAGAUUUUGAACUUGGUAAUUAUUUUCAAUUGCUUACUCUAUUACCUUUAGAUUCUAUAUAACAUAUCAUUAAUAAUAUUGAACCAGUAUUUUAUUUUAUUUUAUUAUAGGAAAUGGCAAUAAGAGAAUAAUUUCAAAAAGAAAAUUAAUAGUUUUACAAGAAAGAGUCUCUUUCAACUGAUAGAAUGAAAAGAUCUAUAUUAAGAUUGAUAAAUUUAUUGACAGCACAUGGUAAAAAUGCAGAAAAUUUAUAAAGGACAAUUAAAUUGAUUUUGUGA